UCGACUGCAUUGCGGCUGCAAUGACACCUUGUCCGUGCGUCGUUAUGGCAUCGACACAUCGCAUUAGACGGUAGCGCACGAUCGAGCAAAGUCAAUCGACUAAACACACCUUCGUGUCCUUACACGGGGCUGUUCAUCGAUUACAUCGAUCCUCCUGUCCGACCUUCUCUCUAACUUUCUCUACCUCUCUCGUGCGCAACAUGUGGCGGGUGGUGGUCGCACGCUCCGACGACAACAGCACCCUGCUGUCCUCCGAGAUCACUUCCGGCGCGGUCGCGCCCGGUCACUUGUCGACGCUGUCGGCGCCGCCGUCGGGUCACCAUUGGGGUUACCCGCCACCGCCGCAUCAUCCGCCGUAUCAGCCGACGCCGCAGCACCCAGACAUGCGUCACCAUCAUGACAUGCGUCCUCCCGCCACCCACGGCGAUCUGCGACAUACUAUCGCGACAGGUCCAGGUGACCUCAGGAGUCAAGAAUUGCGACACGAGAUGCAGCGGCCAGACCUGCGACAUUCGACAGAGAUACAGAGGCAUCAGGAGCUGUCCAGGCACCAGGACAUCCGGCAUCAAGACAUACCAAGCAUGAGACCAGAGAUGCCGGAGUUACGCUCUAAUCAUGAGUUCUUGGAACUGAAGAUUGAUACGGAAUUGAGAAAUCAAGAUAACAGUCAGCAACAGCAACAGCAGCAACAGCAACAACAACAACAGCAGUCGCAGCAAAGUCAGGGACAUCAACAGAGGAAUUUGAAGAGGACUAUGAGCGAUUCAGACUGCGACGACGUAUUCUCGGAGGAAAGCGGCAAAGAGCCAUGCAACUCGCCUGGUGGAGACUCAUGCCAACACGCGUCGCGGAAACGCAGGAGGGGGAUGAUCGAGAAGAAGCGGCGCGACAGGAUUAACGCGUCCCUCGGCGAGCUCAGGAGAUUGGUCCCGGCGGCGGCGAGAGAUCCUCACAGCGGAAAGCUGGAGAAGGCCGAGAUUCUGCAGCUUACCGUCGAGCAUCUGCGUACGCUUCGCAGCAAGGGACCAGAGGGCUACGAUAGCACGAAGUUGGCUAUGGAUUACCACGCAGUAGGCUGGGGCGAAUGCGCCGCCGAGGUCGGUCGCUAUCUGGUGACUAUGGAAGGUUUGGACGAGAGAGAUCCCCUUCGACUGCGUCUGCUAUCGCACUUGCAGAGCUUCCAUCGAGAACAUCCGCCGUCAGCCGUAUCCUCGGCGGUGCCUUCGGCUCCCACGACAUUGACAUCCACCUCCACUGCCAGCAGCUACGAACCACCGCCGAGCACGGUCUCCGCCGGGAUGCCACCUGGUCCGGGUGCUAUGCCGCCGCUUUUGGGCGGCGGCACCCUUGGCUGGAGCCAGUAUCCCGGACAGUAUCCUCAGCAGCAGCACGGAAAGCCUUACCGACCCUGGGGCGCGGAAUUGGCGUACUGACCGUGAACCCUUGAUUCGCAAUCGAUGAAGGUUUGGCGCAA